AUGGACAAUAACCUGCCAGAAGAGGUGGAAGCUUACCUCGAGGAAAUGGUCCAGCGUCUUACCGAUUACCUGAAAGACCAGCUUGUCGGGGUGUAUCUAUUCGGUUCAGCCAGUUAUGGUGCCUACGAGUCUGGCCUCAGCGACCUUGACGUACAGGCUAUAGUGAAGGAUCCGCUUGACACUGUUGAGAAGCAGGCAGUCAUAUCCCGUUUGAACCAGGAAGCCUUGCCUUGCCCGGCUACCAAACUCGAGUUUGUGGUCUAUGCUCAAAGCGCUGUGGAUCCGGCCAGCUGUCACCCUCGGUUCGAACUUAAUUUGAACACAGGACUUCACCAACCCGAUCAUAUCAGCCUUGAUCCCGCUAACGAGUCAAGCCACUGGUUUUUGCUCGAUAUUGCUAUGGGGCGCGAACUUGGCCGUAAUCUGUACGGUCCUGAUAAGACCGUCGCUUUCGGCACUAUCCCCCGACACUGGGCUUUAGAAGCAAUCGCGAAUUCGCUCGAUUGGCACCAAGCAAACGAACUCAACUCGGUCAACAGCGUUCUCAACGCCUGCCGAGGCUGGCGAUUCAUUGUCACAGGUGAAUUUUCUUCGAAAUUGGACGGGGCCAAAUGGGCCAUGCAACAACAGGGCUGUCCGGACAUUGUUAGCCGUGCCAUUGCAGCCCGCAAAACAGGGGACGAACUCCCUGCGGCCCAGGUAAUGACGCUUUACCAUAUUGUUAUGACGGCCAACCGUGCCGAACUCUCAACAGAUGUUAAAUGA